AUGACCGAAGUGGAAGCUGUACAAAUUAUUGCCGAAUCGUUGAAGCAACAGGGCGUGGAUUAUGUGUUCGGCAUCAUUGGCAUACCCGUCAUCGAGCUGUCCAUGGCCUUUCAGGCCGCUGGACUCAAGUACAUUGGAAUGCGCAAUGAGCAGGCCGCCUGCUACGCUGCUCAAGCCAUUGGCUACAUGACGGGGAAGCCUGGCGUCUGCCUGGUUGUCUCUGGACCUGGAUUGCUCCAUGUUACUGGUGGUAUGGCUAAUGCUCAGGUUAACUGCUGGCCACUGAUUGUGAUUGGAGGUGCCACGAAUCAGGAUCACGAGGGUAUUGGCGGCUUCCAGGAGUGUCCCCAAGUGGAGCUUUCACGUCCGUACUGCAAAUAUGCGGCACGUCCGCCGACUGCUGCCCUGAUUCCGCUGCACGUUGAGAAGGCCGUGCGUUAUGCCACCUACGGUCGUCCCGGCGUGGCUUACUUGGACUUCCCCGGCAAUAUCCUGCAAUCGAAGGCAACUGAGUCACGCAUCUACAAAGCACUGGCGCAUCCUGCUCCACCAUUGGUCUACCCGCCACAUGACGAGGUCAUUCGUGCUGCUCAGCUGCUGCGUCAGGCCAAGCGUCCACUGGUGAUCAUUGGCAAGGGCUCGGCAUAUGCUCAUGCAGAGAACACACUGCGUCACUUCAUUGAAAACACAAAUCUACCCUUCCUGCCAACUCCCAUGGGCAAGGGUGUGGUCUCUGACACGGCUGCUCAGUGUGUCUCCUCCGCACGCACAUUGGCGCUGCAAAAGGCCGAUGUGGUGCUGCUUUUGGGCGCUCGUCUCAACUGGAUUCUGCACUUUGGACGCACUCCACGUUACGAUAAAGAUGUUAAGUUCAUCCAGGUGGAUAUCUGUCCCGAGGAGCUGCACAACUCGGUUGUCGCAUCAGUUGCAAUCCAGGCGGACAUUCGCCCCUUUGCCGAGCAACUUUUCGAGCAAAUGAAUGCGGUGAACUUCCGUUUUGGCUAUGAACAGGAUUGGUGGAAGCAACUGGCAGCCAAAUGUAAACAAAAUCGCGAUACAGUUCAGCAAAUGUCAAUGAAUACAUCGACGCCGCUCAACUACUAUGCGGUCUUCCAUCAUCUGCGCGAACUGUUGCCACGUGAUACAAUCAUUGUUAGUGAGGGCGCCAAUACCAUGGAUAUUGGUCGUUCCAUGCUGCUUAAUGAGCAGCCCCGUCAUCGUCUCGAUGCCGGCACCUUUGGCACCAUGGGAGUGGGUCCGGGCUUUGCCGUUGCCGCUGCUCUUUAUUGCCGUGACUUUGCACCUGGCAAGCGUGUGCUGUGCGUGGAAGGUGACAGUGCCUUUGGUUUCUCUGGCAUGGAAAUUGAGACAAUGGUACGCUACAAGCUGCCCAUUACCAUUGUCAUUGUGAAUAACAAUGGCAUUUACGGCGGCUUUGAUAAAGACACCUUUGAAGCCAUACGCAGCGAGGGAGACCUAACGCAAAUCACACCACCAUCAGCUUUGGGCGUUCAAGUGCGCUACGAGGAGAUGAUGAAAAUGUUUGGCAUGCAAGGCUAUUUCUGCACCGAGAUCGAACAGCUCCAAUCAGCGGUGAAGGCGGCUAAUCAACUGACGGAUAAACCCACCAUUAUCAAUGUGGCAAUCAGCCCAUCGUCGGAUCGCAAGCCGCAAUCUUUCAACUGGCUCACUGAAUCAAAACUUUAAGGCACAAUGAUAUCCACCACACAUGUUUUUAUAAGCAGCAACGUUUACAAUUAGUUAAUAAGCACACAGUUUCGCGCAUUCCUAAAGAUUUUAAAAAUGCAUUUGCCACGAUAUUGUCUUUUUUGUAUAUACACAACAUAAAAUGCAAUUUUUAUAAAGCCAACGAUUGUAGAACUUCA